CGAAGUAGUGGCUGGUUCGCUUUAUUACUCGUACUUACUUCGGAGUAAUUAAAAUCUGUGAAAUUUGAAUAUCAUAAACUGCCAAAUAUACUUAUUACUUAGUAGCGAUUUAUGGAUUGGAAGUCAGUUUUGUUAAUUGCGCCUAAAACUCGUGAAUUAAAAAGAGCGAUUUUCUUUGUGGAAAUUCUUUGUUGGUAAACAAAGGAUUGUGAAUUUCAUAAUGUGGUCUCAUCUUCAACGGGGUAGUUCGCCCGUAGAUUGGUGCGAAUCUAAUUACUCUAUAUCUCCUAUGAUCGCAGAGUUUGUUAACACGGUGAGCAACAUCUUGUUUUUCCUGUUUCCACCGGUUCUCAUUCAUUUAUUCCAAGAGUAUGCAAAGUUUGUAAACCCAGCCAUAAAUUUAUUAUGGAUCAUGCUGAUGGUGGUGGGCCUGAGCUCGGCCUAUUUUCACGCGACCCUCAGUUUAGUUGGUCAACUAAUGGAUGAGAUAGCCAUACUGUGGGUGUUUAUUGCUACAUUUGCUAUGUUUCUACCAAGAAGAUAUUUUCCCAAAUUCUUAGGAGGUAAUAGAAAAAUGCUAGCAUUGUACGCGUGUGUUUUCUCAUUUGUAUCAACUGGCUUCCUGCUGAUGUAUCCAUUCGCCAACGCCUUUGCUCUGAUGGCGCUCGUCGUACCCAGUUUAAUGUUCAUGUACAAGGAGUUAUUAAGUGUAAAAUGCGCGCGCGUGUACCGCCUAGGGUUGCGCAGCAUGGCCGUCUGUUUCCUAGCCCUAUUCUGCUGGAUCAUCGACCGCCUCUUCUGCGACGCCUGGCUCUCCAUCGACUUCCCCUACAUGCACGGCGUUUGGCACAUCCUUAGCUUCAUCGCCACCUACACAGCGUUCGUAGUGUUGGCCUAUUUCAAUGUCUCCGAGGAAAACCCGGACCAAAAACCUGUGCUCAAGUAUUGGCCAAGCAACGAUUUCGAAUUGGGAAUCCCGUAUAUUUCUGUCAAACGUCCGUGUAAGAAAGAUGAAGAUUUGGCAAUAUAAAAUGUUUCUUCUAUAUUUGUAGUAGGUAGGUAUAAUGACACGUUCACAUUAGGCUUGAUCAGCCGUACCUUCUGCCGUACUUUUGGUGUAUUGUAUCCGUAGUGUAAUCGCUCUUUUCUAAAUAUUAAGUAUGCUAAUGCUAACUGAUGGCUGACUGUAACUAAACUUGGCUAAUGUGCACGUGCCCUAAAUGAGUCGCUAAAUCGAAUGUGAUAUGUGCGUGUGAAUUAGACUGUAAAUCGUGAUUUCUUUGUUUAGCUAAACGCUGUAAAUGUAAAACAAAUGCAGCUCGCUAAACGUAGCAUAGGAUAUUAUGUAAUUUGCUAGUUUGAUUACCGUGAAAUUUAAUUUCAAUAAGUUUAGGUACCAAAGUAUGACAAUAGCCAUCAAAAACAUUCUUACACACCCGCUUUUAUGUUCUAUUCUUUUUGAUCAAAAUUCGUAGGACUGGGUUUCGUUAAGACAUGUACCUAAUUCGGAUUCUCAUAUAGUGUUGCUACAGGAUGCGCACUAUGUGCCGCAUAAGGAUGCCAAUUAUGUGUUAUAAAUAAUAAAAUAAUUAAUACUGUGGCGUCACGUAUUCAAUAAUGUUCAUCAGUAGUUUCAUUGUUAAGUAUGUAAAGUUGAUUUAAUAUAAAUGUAAGCAAACAAAACUACGGAAAUCGGCUUAUGGUAAAAUACCAUCACUGAUAUAGAAAGUUACUCUGUAUGUAUCAUAGGUUAUAGGUUUUUAUUGUAUCAUAUCAAUCAUCUAAAUAAUUUAGACGUGUCGUUUUCAAGCAAAAGGUACUCCAUUGUCGCUUGCCAUAAGGACGCUCUGGCAGGUUUUUCGUAUAAAGAUACAAGCAAUUUUUUUUUUUCUAUUUAUUUAGGUAAACAAACAAUCACUACAAGGGAAACUUAAAUAUAGUAGUUUUAACACUAUUUACAGUAUGUGUGACCAACACCGUUCACCACUUGAUAAAUACAAAAAUUUUGAUUAUUCGGAGCUUAUAUACAACUGGAGCUUAAGGCUCCGGGAGACAUUGAUAAAAGAAAAUAUAAGUAUUAUUAAUACAUUAUAAAUUCAUGAAGAAGAUAAGAAAAAAAAAAUCCUUAACGCUAACCAGUUAACAGUGAAGUGCAUGCAGUAUUACGUUAUAUAAAAUAUAAAAAAAAAUUUUUUCGUCCUUAGGUAAGCGACAAUGUCUCGCUGCAAUGCAAUGUGCUUUUGAUUGAAAACUUCACUUAUUAUC